GUUGAGCCAUCUUCAUCCCUCCGAUCAGAAAUCAACGGUGCGUCUCUGCUCUUGUCCGGAAGGUUCUCGCAGGCGCGGCGACCUCGGUUUUGAACACCUGCUCUUCUUCCUCCUUCCAAUCCAAGCUUCGUACGGGACGAGGAGAACCGAAGAAGGAAUUGGACGCGAGGAGACUCGAGUACUCGACAGGGAAAAGUCGAGGCCUCGGAUCCAUCGACUCGUGAAGAUGUCCUCGCCCGCCGAGUACUACAAAUCACUUCCACCUAUAAGCAAGGCAUAUGGGACAUUGUGUUUCUUCACCACUGUGCUAGUUCGGCUCCAUAUCCUGAAUCCGCUGUUUCUGUACUUAUAUUACCCUCGGGUGUUCAAGAAGUUUGAGGUAUGGAGGAUAUUUACAAGUUUCUUCUUCCUGGGACCAUUUUCCAUAAACUUUGGUAUUCGCCUUCUGAUGAUGUUGGGGUUUUUGAAAUUUCUUUGCAUAGAGCAAGGUAUGGUGUCAUGUUGGAAAAGGGAGCAUUUGAUAAACGGACUGCAGAUUUCUUGUGGAUGAUGAUAUUUGGUGCCAUCUCACUAUUGGUGUUGUCUGUUAUUCCCCAAUUGAAUACUUAUGUCUUGGGAUUACCUAUGGUCAGCAUGCUUGUUUAUGUCUGGAGCCGAGAGAAUCCAAAUGCCCAGAUAAAUAUAUACGGCAUCCUCCAAUUGAAGGCGUUUUAUCUUCCAUGGGUUAUGCUCUUAUUAGAUGUGAUAUUUGGAUCACCAUUAAUGCCAGGCCUUCUGGGUAUCAUGGUUGGACAUCUAUACUACUACUUUGCAGUGUUGCACCCUCUCGCCACCGGAAAGAACUACCUCAAGACUCCGAAAUGGGUACAUAAGAUUGUUGCUCGAUUCAGAAUAGGUAUGCAAGCCAACGCUCCUGUCCGCGCACCAGCUAACGGCAACGCUGGGACUGGUGCCUUCAGAGGAAGAAGCUAUAGACUCAAUCAAUAGAUCGACCAGGAGAAGUACACACCUUGUAACGCUAACGCGAUUCCUGUUCUGAGUGGCAAUGUAGAGACAGAGCGCAGAUUCCUAGGGUCAAUCAGGAUUAAGGGUUGCGGAUAGGGCAGAGGGGUGGUAAUGGAUGACGAUCUAAAUGUUUUUUCAUAAAAUGGUAGAGUAUUAAAUAAAUUAUAAAUUUUAGUGUAAAAUGAAUAUAAAUAGGAUUUGUUUCUAAUCCGAUCUUUAUAUCUUAUAGUGUAAAAUUAUAUCUUAUAGUGUAAAAUUUAGAGUCACUGUUACCCUAUUGCAGUGCCGCCUUUCAUUUACUGAUUUAGUUCCUAA